ACCAUGAAGACCUUAUUCAUUUUUGCCCUUGUGAUGAGUGUUUGGUCUUGUUCUGGGUUGCCGGUGUAUGACUAUGAACCAUCUAUCACGGAAGAAGCUCUGCGUGCCUCCAUUGGAAGAGUGAAUUCUAGAUCACAAUGGCCAGCCCUGUUUGGGGUCGUCAGGAGCUACGUUAGAGGGGUUGACCUGUUGGAUAACAAUGACUACAGUAUAGUGCUGGACUUCAUUGUUCGAGAAACCACCUGCACUAAAGAUUCAGAGAAGGAUCCGUCCUUGUGUGACUUCAGAGUGGGACGCUAUGUGCAAACGACCUUCUGCAGAAGUACAGUGCGGGUUUCUGAAGAGCAGGUACAGAACUUGGCAGUUUACUGCAGCCAGGAUGGGUCCAGCUCAGAAUCCUCAAGCAGCGAGGAGAUGAUGUUCAUGGAAAUGAUGGCCCCAAACAGAAGGGGUGACAGUCGCAAUGAAGCUCAACUUGCUCCUGAGGCCUUCUCUGCAGGGAGAAGACGCCAGAGCUAUAAAGCUCAGCGCCAAUCCAGUAAAGCCAACUCCUACGCAUUGGAAUAA